AUGAUCUAUUAUCCAAAGUUCCUACAUAUUGUAUAUAAUUCGAUAAUGAAACGUCAUCAUGAAGAUAAUCCUUAUUCGUCGACUGAUAAUGGUGGAGACGAUGUAACAAGUCAUUCAAUGCCAAAACGAAUAGCAACAAGAAAUAGUUCUCAAUUAAAUUCAACAAAUACUUUUUCUAUUGCUGCAAAUUAUUCUCCACCAAGUUCAACGGGAUCCGAUUCAUCGUCAUCAACAAACUCGACGUCUUCAUCGAUUCCAAUUCAUUCUCAGUUAUGUACAUGUCCAAAUAUAGAUUGUGUUAUUCACGAUCGUCGACGUUCAACAAAUAUCCCUGUAGAAUUAACAUCAAGUUCAAAUCCAACUUAUGGAAAUAAUAAUCUAUUACUUUAUUAUGCACAUCUAGAACGAUGUCGUCGACAUGGUCAAAAUAUUCACCAAGAUACAUCUUCAUCUUAA